UCUUUUCCUGUUGGGAGAGGAAAAGUUUGGAAACCCCACCCUCCGAAGUGACCGUGCGCUGCGACGUAGAAGUGGUUCGAGGUCGUGGCGAGGAAGUGGACUCUGAUCACAAGUUGUGGAGCUCCGAUGGCGCCGUCUGGAUACCCGAAAUAACGAGCAGAUCGCCGCGGUGGACCCGGCUACUUCCUCGACUUGGAUUUGUUUUUCUCUGUGGAAGCUCAACUCUAGUUUCGGGAACGCUUCCUGUUGUCAUUUUUGCUUCCAGCGCACGUUUGCUUCUAUCACUCGUGGACAUGGAGGCGCGGCGGGAUGAGCGGGUUUCAGCCGGAGAGAAGCCAAGCGUCGGCGUGUCUGCGGUGGUUUUGCGAAGUGGUCAGCGCUUGUCCUAAAGCGCUGGUUUGGCUGGACUCAACGCUCCUUUCCUGCUAUUCUUCUCUGCUUCUCUUUGCUUCCUGCUUGCCGUGGCCGCUGCAGUUGACGGCUAUAAAUAUAUGAAACACCUAGAGUCCACAAGAGUUUGAAUCCCACCAUCCCGCAUCAGAGUUUCAGCUCUUGCUGGGGUUCAACAGGUGGCAGCUGGAUGCGGAUGGAGCAGCGCGAAUGCCCUCAUAAUGAUGGUGUUUAAACAAGCCUGUCAGAAUACUUUGGGCUAAAAAGCAUGUGUUGGCCGACCACAUGAAGAAGCAGACCUCUCGUCCCCCUCUGAGCCGGAGAGCCCUUCAGCAAACAUCAGCCGGUCGUGUUUCCAAGAGAGUGUCUGGAGGAAAGAAGUGAGCGAGCGGGGUUAUCUGUGUUCUCCGGCAGCCCACCGGUUGGUCCAACGUUUGGAACACAUUUAACCGAUCCCUGAUGAACCAACAAGAAAGACAGGAAAGGGAGCGAGGCACAAUAAAGUACUCCUUUGUACUUUAUUUUCAACCCUUGGGGCGCAGAAUCGGAUCCAGUCAGAGCAUCUGUCCGAGGCUCCAUGGAGCCGCUGAAAAACAUAUUUAGUCGAGGCCCAUUGUCCAACUGGAAAAACUUGGAACAAUCGCAAAAAGGGAACUUCACCAACCCGGUGUGGACGGCCUUGUUCGAUUACGAGGCGUCCUGCAAAGAUGAGCUCACCUUGCGCAAGGGCGACCUGGUGGAAGUUCUUUCCCUGGACUCUGAGAUAUCAGGGGAUGAAGGCUGGUGGGCGGGAAAGGUCAACAACAAGGUUGGAAUCUUCCCCUCAAACUAUGGCUCCUUCAAGCCCAGUGGAUAUGGGAAGCUUCCCGCCAGUGGUGUGGUUGGGGAGCUGGGGCCUGCUGUCGUGGGCGACUUUGAGCCUGAGGUGGUGGAUUUUCGCGAGCUGAGCCUUGAGGAGGUUAUUGGGGUCGGCGGGUUUGGGAAGGUGUAUCGCGGUACGUGGAGAGGAGGGCUGGUGGCCGUGAAGGCUGCCCGGCAAGACCCGGACGAAGACAUCAGUGUUACGGCUCAGAAUGUCCGGCAAGAGGCCCGACUCUUCGCCAUGCUGACUCACCCCAACAUCAUCGCCCUGAAAGGAGUGUGUCUUCAAGAACCAAACCUCUGCCUGGUCAUGGAGUACGCCUCAGGAGGACCCCUGAGCCGAGCACUGGCGGGCCGGCGCAUACCCCCGCACGUCCUGGUCAACUGGGCUGUGCAGAUCGCAAAGGGAAUGUUGUACCUGCACAGCGGGGCCAUCGUUCCAGUCAUCCACCGAGACUUGAAGUCCAACAACAUCCUGCUGGCCCAGCCCAUAGAGAAUGAAUGCAUGGAAGGAUUGACACUGAAGAUCACAGACUUCGGUCUAGCAAGAGAGUGGCACAAGACCACCAAGAUGAGCACUGCUGGCACCUACGCCUGGAUGGCCCCUGAGGUCAUCAAGUCGUCCACCUUCUCGAAGGGCAGUGAUGUGUGGAGUUAUGGGGUUCUGCUCUGGGAGCUGCUCACUGGAGAGGCGCCCUACAGAGGAAUCGACGGGCUGGCUGUCGCUUACGGAGUAGCGGUUAACAAGCUGACCCUGCCCAUCCCAUCCACAUGCCCGGAACCCUUUGCCCAACUCAUGUCAGAAUGCUGGGACCAGGACCCCCAUCGACGACCCAAUUUCGCCUCCAUUCUGGCCCAGUUAAUGGCUCUGGAGCAGCAGGUGAAGGAAGAGAUGCCGCAGGACUCCUUCCACUCCCUGCAGGAGGACUGGAAACUGGAGAUCCAGGACAUGUUUGAUGAACUGCGGGCUAAGGAAAAGGAGCUGCGCUGUCGCGAGGAGGAGCUGAAGCGAGCAGCGCUGGAGCAGAAGUCCCACGAGGAGUUCCUUCGGCAGCGAGAGCAGCAGCUGGCGCAGUGGGAGCAGGACGUGUUUGAACGCGAGCUCUGCCUGCUCAUCCUGCACCUGAACCAGAACCAGGAGAAGCCUAACGUAAAGAAGAGAAAGGGCACUUUCAAGAAGCACAAGCUCAAGGGCAAGAAUGGCGAGAAGAUCAGCAUGCCCCAAGAUUUCAUCCACAAAAUCACGGUGCAGGCCUCCCCUGGACUGGAGAAAAGGAGGAACUCCCCGGAUUUGGGAUCAGGGUCCUCACCCUCCUUUGGCCCACGCUUCCGUGCCAUUCAACUCAGUCCGAGCGACAACAGUAGGACGUUUGGCUUGAGCCCAGUUUGGCCCCUGGACGCUGCUGCUCUCAAACAAGCCAAUGGUGAACACAAGUUAGGCCCUCACUGGAGACCCCAGAGUCCAAAGAGCCCCAAAAGUCCCAAGGUUUUACGCCUCAGUCCUCAGGAAAGCAGUCUGUCGAUGAGAGCCAAGCUUCUGGUGUCGGACAGCACAGAGAACGGAGAAUCCAAGGACGACUUUGAAGAGUACAGACCCUCUACGCCGACGCCUCUCCCUGCUCAGAAUGGCUCCACAGUGAAGGACAGCCUGCGGCUUCCUCUCCCCCAAGGCGAUUCCGGCGUGGAAGAAGGGGGUUCCUCUCCAGCUGGGUCCCCGAGGCCGGAAAUGGGUUCUCUUUCUGGGCUGUUUAAGAGCACCCAUAGGGCACUCCUCGGCAGUGGUUCCCUGUUGGCAUCUGUCGGACUGGGUAGAUGGCUGGAUAUCUCUCCUAAAGUGCCUCCUCGGACUAACCCGCCAUCCCUUGAGGAGUGCAUGCUGUCUGAACCCGAGACUUCACUGUUGAGACAACCUUUAGCUUCAGACCCCCCUGUAGUGGACGACCUGAUCACUUUCUCCACGUCUGAACCGCUCCCCAGGCCUCUCUUGGAUUUAGCCCUACAGUACCAAGAACUGAAGCCCCUGACACCUCCUCCGCCAACCCCCCCUGAGAGAAUGGACCACCGGAUGCAGACAGUCACACAAAGUCAGCAGAGCCCCCAAAUCCCGUUGCGACGUGCUGCCAGCCCAAGACAAUUGAAUCAGAAUUUGCAGUCUACCAAUGGUGAUCUUGGAGCCGGUGGCAUGGAAAGCUGUGGCCCUCGAACGGACAGGAGAAGGAGGUCCAGCCAAGGCCUGCACACCUCCCAUCUAGUUCUGGACCUGCCCUUAUGCCAGGACACACAGGAUUCAGAAGACAAGUCCUCUGUGCCUUAUUCUCUCCACCCUAACCCAGCUCUCUGGAGUCCCAAAACCCGCCGUUUGGAGGUCAGUGUCAUCCCCCGACCUCGGCCCUCCCCUGUACGCCAUCGCAUCGACCCCUGGAGCUUCGUUUCAACAGGAGGUGGGAGCACAAGUGCAGGACGUAUCCCAAGCCGCACGGACAGCAUCCCAUUGGGUUACCAACCUUCCCCCACCAACCCUUUUACCAAUUGUGAUCCCUUCCCUUCACCAGACUGUGAUCCCUUUGCUCUCAAGGCAGACCCCUCGUGCGCACUAGAUGAUGCUUCAAAGUUUGACCCCUUUUCAACGCCUUUCCCUACAUCUCGCUCCGCCCCGUGCUCCACCAAUGGUUCGCCCACGCUCCCCUCGGUCCGUAUCGCACCCCUAAACCCUGCUGAUUCGACACUCAUUGACCUGAACUGGGCUGCCCUGAGCAAGCCUCUUGAUGGAACCAAAGAAAGAGCACACCCACGAAAGACUCUAGGGCUCAAGCCCUUCAAGUCCCCAACCCAACUCAGAGAUGACCGGUUCUAGAACUUCCCUCACCUGUCUCUUAGCCAAGUGUCAAAUUCUCAGUUCUGCUUUGUGUUGCAUGGUCCAUUUAGACGCCAGGCUGCCUUUCUUGGUACCUAAAAAGCCAGUUGAAAGAAGGACAGUCUUAUUGCAGGUUUACUUCCUGGGAACGAAUCGUUUAUUCUCUUUGCAUUCUCUCACUGUCUAAAUCUUUCAGAAGGCACAGAUCAGUACUCCCGCCGUCAGAUCUUAUCAUACUCCUUAUUUCACUUUUCAUCUCCUUUAAAUCCAACACAAAAACGCAGAGGUAGAUAAGGCCACUUGCACAGCUUCCUCUGUUGCUACCUCUUUGCAUUCCGAAAUUAUUCAGGACAGGAAAAGUGAAGAGUAUUCUUUUGUGUAAGCAUAAAUCUAUGUAUCCCUUCUAAACACUGCGAGGAUUGAAGAUUUCCAGGCUGUCAGAUGCCUCAUACGUCUGCUUUAAUUUGCAAAGCAGACUUUGGAGGUGGGCAUCAAUGUGCUUUGUGUCUCGACGUAUUGCUCCAGAAGGCCUGCCCAAUUUAUUCAGUAAUUUCCUUCUGUCUGUUGAAUCGAGGGAGAUGGGGAGGAAAAAAAAGACCUGCGAAUCAUGACCCAUACAUUCCACUUGGAAGCCGAUAACAUUCCAGACUCAUUUCUGGGGAAAUACCAGGGAUUUUGAGCGCUUGCGUGCAACAGAGCACAGAAAAUAGAUGAGGCAGCUCUGUGCAUUCCCUUCAUACGCCAAAGAAUGCCACUGUGAGAGACCAAGCUGGGAAAAUGUGUUGUUUUGAACCUUCAUGUUGUGCCCGACUGGCAGGGUGCAUCACACUGGAUGGCGAAGACUGUGUGACACGCUUGAUUAGUCACGCAGUCUUUGAACUGUUUUAAUUGCUAUUUCCUGCUAAAUAUUUAACUUAUUUUUUUCAACACUCUUCAGGAACCAAAUAGACGAGACUAAAAGCAGGGUUUGAGGUCAUAGAGCAGAAGUUUGUCCAUCUCCUUGGACCUGGACCUUUGAAUUUGCUCAACCUGCCAUCACUUUAACAAUGUCAAUGGAGCGAGGUGGAGGAUGCCCAAAGUACGCUGGUUACAAACUACUGAGUCUGUGUUCCAUUUGUCCACUCAGAUGUGGAUUCACUUAGCUGAUAUGAGUUUUUCACUCCAUUGUACUUCUCGUGCCAGAAGUACCUUCAGGACUACAUGAAUGGGUCGGUCAUUCCCUUCCCUUAUACCUCGGUACAGCUCAGUCCUCAGUAAACAGGGAGUGAACCUUCCUUAAAGAGGCUGUUGCUUUAUGUGCAUCAGAAUAUCAUUCAACAAGCCAGACUUCUUUGCAAAGACCUUCUGCUGAACGACUCCCAAAAGCAAAAAGUGUACUCUGCUUUAUCGUAGUCUGAAUCUUUUUAGGUCAACCGCAAGAGACAGAGAGAGUGCAGCUUUGAUGUGGUCACCUCACGUCUUCAGUGACGCAUCACAAUCUGGAAAUGUCAAUCGUUUUUGUCAGGGACUCCUUGUCGUCGAGACACGACAUCAGCUUUAGUCCUAAUGAAGGGGGAACACCUCGUCUCCGAAGGGGACAUCUUUGUGAUUAGCUUAAUAAUCCGACUGAAGACGGAGCGGGCUGAUCGGGAUAAUUAGCUCCUUGAUAAGAGCAGAGAGAAUUAAUAAUGGAUACGUGGGUACUUAAUGAAAUGGAAAUCCUGCUCAGAGUGGUGAGAGCAUCAUUUGGAAUCGGGUGAUUUUCUUAUGGUCAGAUCUUUGUCUCCCGUCUUUAGAGGCAGAGCAGCUCGUCUCCAUGUCCUCCACCCUCCGGUGAUGUGGAAGAUAAGUUCUCUACCUUCUUCUGCUUUAGUUUCACACCUACUCUCUUUGUGAGGAGUUUCUCAAGGGCAUGUUUCUAUUGACGGCACGGAACAUUUUGUCCAGUCUUGGUUUCCUUUGAAGAAAAACCAAAAUACAGCAGUCAGGAAUAAGGCUGCUGCAAGAAGGCAGCGUUAAUGAAGAAAAUGCAGAACACAGUGUUUGUCCGUUUUAUCAGCGCAUUUUGUGGUUUAGAUGAUUUCACGUUGUUCCCCGACUGUGGAGCCGGUUGUAAGAAAUUUAGAGACUCAUUUUUCUUUAUCCCCCUGAAUGCUUAUCCCAAACUACCAAAUGUGUGAAGGCUUUGAUGUGUUGUGGCUUGUGAAAUCUGUGUCUCUCAUUGUGAAAGACAGUUGAAUUUCUUCCCAUUGUGGAUUGUUUUGUGUUGACGCGUCAUGUCAGUGGCUCACAUUCAUUUAGCUUUGCGUGCGGCCAAACCCUCAAAAGCAUUCGUUCUCCGGGUGCUUCCAAUUUUCACCUUUGUGGUGUGUGUCUCUAGUGUUGUGCAGAUUUUAAGAGAAACACAGCGGUAUUGUCUUUCGCUGACUCAGAGAAAAGCUAACACAUUUUCUAAUCAGUGCUGUCCAUUUAACAACUAAAACGGGAGAUUUAAAUUUGAAAUCCUCUUUUCUAGCAUAAUGUCUAUGAACGAAAUUAUUCUUGAACUCCUGUCAAGUGAGUUUCUAGUGGCGUGUCCCAAUUUAAUUUCCUAUUGCGUUUGACUGGGUGCAGAUUUAUUUGCAAGUUUGAAAUGCGCUGCACCUGUAAGUGUAAUGCCAGCAGAGCUAACUGACGCCAGCGUUUCAGAGGAAUCCUUAAAAGCCAUCUUACUGCAGAUUUUCCCCGGCUGUUUGUGAAAAGGGAUGCGUUAUUGCACUGGCUUGUCUUGUCAGCACACAAAGCGACAAUGGCUCAUCCCCGAUCGUCCUGAGGCUCAGAUAGUCAUUGUUGUCAACAACAUUCUGUGAGAAGAAAAAACGAAAAGAAAAGUAGAAUCUGGCUGAAUCCCUCUGUCUAAACCUUCUGUGUGUGUGUGUGUCUCAAGUAUCAUUGUCUAUGUUUCAUUCAGGAAUUGGCAGAUUUUUUUUUUUCGCUUUAAUUUCAACUCAAGGUCCAAAAUAUAAGGAACAGUACUGUGGUCUGAAGAGUUGUGAUCCUGGAAUUUUCGUCUUUGCACGCUGUUGUAUUGGGACUUGGAGAGGACUUUCCAAAGCUCCAAGGAAGGAAAGACUCUUCAACUCUCAGCGCAGAAUCUGACUUUCAUGACUUUUUUUCGUGUCAAGAAGCACAGCUGUCCUUCUCUUCUUUCCUCAACUAGUACCUGAUGAGAAGUUUGUGGUGGCAUCAGCCCGUCUGUCACUAAUGGCUGAAUGCCUGAAGACUGGACAUGGAUUCUCUGGAACCAAAGUAGAUGAUGAUAUCUGUCAGCGCCCAGAAAAACUGAGACAGCAAAUCAUGAAGCACAGUUGAUGCAGACGGAAUGAAUACUUUAUAAACAGCAUGAAUUGUCUUUGAAGGUUCCCAGACGAGGUCAGUAUUGGAUAAAAACUUUGUAGACGGCUGUUUAACUUCUCCAAGAGAUUUCUGUGUUAGCCAGAGGCACCUUUUGUUUUCUUCUGACUGGUGUAGGUGUCAGCCAAGGUAGGAGAGGAAAGGUUAGCAAUCAAUGCUAUCACUUGUUUGUCCUUGAAGUGUUGGUCUGCCUUGACAACACUGAGGGAGAAUGAAAGGACUGUCACCCUGUUAAUUCGUAUUAUCUUUCGUAGACUGGUCAGAGUUCCUCUGAUGGAGAAGGGUGCAUAUUGACAGAGCUAUAACUUCAUUUGUUGAAUUGAUACUGAGCUAAUCUAGAAUACGGUAUGAAAAGGAAAUAAACAACACUGCAGAACUCCUGCAAGCUUGAACUUUGUGGAUCGUUGGAGCAAAUGAAUUAAGUUUGUAAGGACGCCGAUCACAGUAGUAGUAGUCAGGAAAUUGCCACGAGGCAAAUAUGGAGAGGUUCUGAAUGCAGGCGGCGGAAUCUCACUCUUGCAGCUGCCAUUAAAGAACUUUUGAAAACCACCUUGAACAGCAGAGAAGAGACAGCGUCUGAGUUUUGUGAACGCCUUUUGAAAACGUCCUACCCAGACCGACUUACCUGAACCUUGGCUCUGCAGUGCAAAGAGCAAUUUUGCUUGGUGGUGAAAUUCUUGGUGCUGACUUAAGAUCGAAUUCAAAGGGGGCGUAGAUGAGUAAAGAGAUCCACUUGACGUCACUGGUGUCAGCAAGUCAGGUUUUCUGCUGACUCGCUCUUUCGUUUCAACACAAGUGUGGAAAUAUUUUUCAGUGAAAUUGGCUUUCUAUAAAUAAUUUUGUGUGUCUGUUGGCUCCGUGGACUACAUGGGUGUCUGGGAUGCACCUGAUUCUCCAGCCACGUCUCUGCAGCAAAGCAGCCAGGCUUCUCUGCCAACAACGCGGUAUCACCCACCGUGAUCCUGAACUCACUGCCAGGCUUUUGUUUUGUCUUUAACUACGUGAGACCCAGUGACCUUUCGGUGCCUGUGUUCAGGGAUGGCGUCGGCCCAAUCGGGAUGUGGACACAAGCCAUGAGUGUUAGAGGUGCUGCCAGGUGUGUAAGCAAAUGCUCACGCUGAGUAUAAUAUUUCCCCCUCUAUUUUUUGCCGCCCCACGCAUCCAAGGUCACCAUCUGCUCUCCCUGUUUCUGUCACGACUGGAAACGCUGCCAUGGAGUGGUGGCACCAACUCCAAACUCAUGUUUCGCUCAGAAGCCCGGUGCUCAUUUCAGACAUUAAGAAUUGAUAGCAGUAAUAUUUUUCAAUCCAAACCCCUGAGCCUCGGUGAGCAUGUUCUGCCGACUGGUCUGUCCAGCCAGAGUUCAGCUCUGAAGCCUGGUGCACACUGCAGCUGCAGCAUUUCGCUGGGACUUCUCUCUCUACAAGAACUAUUCAACACGUAGUUUGGAUUCUACAUUCACAGCGGCUGAAACACAGCACUGUCUGGCUUUUCUGUUUUCGUAACGAACCGGCACUUUAUAGUUGUUUUCAUUUAUAAGUUAAGCUGAUGAUUAAACUUGGAUUCAGUCGUUCUUUCUUUCCACACAGAUAAAAACAUGGAUGUGAAAAGAGUCCCCAGUUCAACCAAAAUAUUCAACGGUAUUGUUGUUCGUAAAACCUUCGCCUUGCAAAACAUUCCCAAUUGUUCUGACAACAAUCUGAUUCAUUAUUAAUUCAGACUGGCGUGUUUUUAAAGCCGAUGCCUCACGGAAAUCUUGUUUUAUUGAACGCUCUUUCCCCCAAACAUACAUCCUGAUCAUAUCCACCUUAACCUUGUAUCAGUGGAAGAAUUAAGUUCCUUUGUUUUCAGCGGUUAAAAGAGGUGUCUACUUCACUGUACUGUAGCAUUGUGGUUUUAAAAGUGGCUCGCCAGCUGGAAAGUGUGCACAAAGUUGGCAGCUGUCUGCUUAUGAUGAAAGAUAAGCAAGGCUGCAGGUGUAUGUGUGGCAUAUGCUUUAUUUAUGGUUCUAUAAAAAUCCCUGAUUUGAUCACGUUCAAAGAGUGAACUACAGAAGCUCGAUAAACGUUUCAAAAACAGUGGAACCACAGUGAACACAAUUUCAAAUCAUCCAAAAUUGCAGAUGAGGCGGCAGCUUGUGCUGAUGAUUCUGUCUGUCCACGCUUAUCGCAGGUGACUCUUAGUAUCUGUCAGGAGUCGUGCGUUUCUUGAUCUGAUUUAUAAGCUAUGUCUUCCCUGUAUUGUUCUUACUGGGCCCACCCCUUACUGGGUGUUUGUCUCACUGGGACCUAGAACUUCUCUCUGUGCCACAAUGGUUGCCACCCAGCAAGCUCUUUUCCCACAUGCCUUCAGAGUAGACUAAGCUACAGUGAGAUGGUUGAACAACAUUGUGCUAUGACACUGUUUAAAAACACCAACCCUUUCUUCUGUUAAACAUUCUGCGUUCGCCACUUGUCACAGUGCUGUGACACUGGAGCUGACAGUCCAGCAACGGUUCCUAUGAAGUUAUCUUUUGCAGGUAAUAACUGGCUGCAAUAGCCAAGGACAUUUUGAACCAUCAAGACUGCUUCUACUUUUUGCUACUGUGAUUACAUUUCUCCAAGCUCGAGCAUCCACCGGCGACAAGUUCUCCCCGUACUCUUUAAUGGAGAUAAAAUAUUAAGCACCAAAAUGAGUUUGUCAGCCGCAACAGCGACCCGCUGUCGUAAUUAUUUUAACACAUUUUUAGAAGCUUGCGCGAGUACAAUCCUCUUACCGCCACCAUGCAGAUUUUGGAUUCUUUAGUAUCACAAAUCUUGUCACACUUCGCCCAGAUUAAGGCUUUAGACGUUCAAACACCCUUCAGGGCGACGUACUUGACUGAAGCUUGAGCAAAUUUAACAGCAGGUGGUCUCUUUUCAGGUCCGCAUGGCUUCGUUUUUAGCCGCAGAAAGUCAAAAUAAUCCGUUGCCACCGUUUUCAUCUGAAGAUCCUCCACUUCAAAUCCAAAUGACUCACUGGCCGAAUCUCAGUACUGUACACGAGUCCUUAGCUCCUUUCCUGCCAGAGUUUUAAAUGUAUGCGUCUGUGUGAGGUGGAUAUUUAUAAAAGGUCGUCUUUUAACACUGGAUUACUUCUUAUUCUGUGAUGGCCGAGGACGCAGUCCACAUCAGGAUGAUGACACAGUUGAGUGAAUACACAGAAAUGUUCACUGAAGAUUUAUUUUGUAUGUCAUGGUGCUUCACUGAUCAACAGUUCGUUCUACUUCUCUGUGCAAGUGAGGCGCAGAAAACAAGAUUAAUAUCCCCAAAACAACUUAUUGUCCUGAUGAACCUGUGAAGGUCGCCGCUCUCUCUCUCUCUCUUUUUUUUUUUGCGCCAUUCAUUUCCUCGUCCUGUUGGAGUACAAUCAAGGCGAUGUCAGACUUAGAUGUCGUAUUGUCCGGGCAGCUGUUUGGUUCAGCUCUCUUGACAGUUUUGCCUUGUCAGGCUUUCUAUUUUAUUUUGCCGUUCUCCUGAAAUCUCGCACUGGGCUGGGCCUAAUCAACUGUUAUUGUGUUGAGAGAUUUGUUCAUCUGUAUGUGAAAAUGUGUUUUUUUUCUUCUUUCAAAUCUCUCUGACCAUUAUGAUGGGUUUUAACCUGUGGAAAAAAAGCAAAGGAAAAAGCUCAAAAAGACCAAAUAAAAUGUAACACUCCUGGCUUCAUUGUGUUGUUCUUGUUUCAUUCUCCGCUUCAGUGAAAGUGAAGUUGUCAAGGGCUGGUUUGCAAGGUCGGAUAACGACUUCCUGCGCCUCUUUUGCAUUACCGUUGGAGUAAUAACAUUGAAAUGUCUGUAUGCAGUCUUCUUCUACUGCUCAUGAAUG